AUGAGUCCAACAUCUAGACGAUUCAGUUCUCCUAGGACCAAUAGUACAACGGCUCAUGGUCAUCACUCGCCGAGCUCGUCCACCCGCCGUAGACGAUGUGCCAUUGCUAUUAUCGGCCUCUCCUUCCUACUACCAGAGGUCGACUCUACGGAAUCGUUCUGGGAUAUUUUGAUGUCUGGUAAAUGUGUAGCCUCCGAGUUUCCUCUAGAACGUCUUUGUAGUUUUAGACAUCACGAUGGCGGUAAUGAUGGGACAGGAACCCCCCAGAAAACCUCGUUUAUACGAAGGGACAUUGGUUCAUCUGAUGCUCGAUUCUUUAUGAUGACGUCCGCGGAAGCAGCAGCAAUGGAUACUCAGCAAAGAAUACUUCUAGAAACUACUAACCGCGCUCUCGAGAAUGCCGGGGUUCCGAUAGAGAUCAUCAACGGCUCGGACACGUCUGUGCACAUCGGCUGCUUCACUACAAACUCUGCUCCGAUCUGUGCAAAGGACCCGGACAACUUGCCCAAAUACGCCGUUACUAGAAUAGCAGGUACUGCUCCUAUUUCUACCGAUGCUGACGCUAUGAUCGAUAACGGUUCCAAGUUGGUCGAGAAAGUAGCCGCUUCGGGAUCACUGAGCGAGGCAGCAGAUAUUUUGGCAAACGGUCUAGCGAUGAAACUUGUAGCGAUCUUCUCCAUGCCGCGGGAAAGCCUUGAUCUAAAUCAACCCCUACAUAAUUACGGAGUAGAUUCCCUCAUCGCCAUAGAGCUACGGAACUGGUUCAUUAAGACACUCAAAGUUGACUUGGCUGUCUUUGAAAUUUUGGGUGGCGCCACAGCUAUGAUGUUAGGACAAGCUGCGGCAGAGAAGAUACGAUCAUGGACUUGA